UUCAAGAGAGCUAUGGGGUUCAGGUUUAAGAUCGGAUCAAGUUUCCGUUUAGCCACCGCAUUCACAUGGUGCCUUCUCAUUGCAUCAACCUAUUUUCCAUCCACCACAUCAGCAGCCCGGUUUGAGGUAAGAAACGAGAUAACCAAAUUCCCGGGAAGAAACAGACAACUCUCGUUUGAAUGUUGGUCAACUACCAACGAUCUAGGCUUGCAUGCUCUCAACCCAGGAGAAUCCAAAAGCUGGUCGUUCAAGGCGGUAUACAUCAAGUUACCGUUCAUGUACACGUACUUUCAGUGCAGGUUCUUCGUCGGCUUUGGCUCGCCUGAUGGUCAGAUCGCAACUGUUUUUGCUGGUGAGAGAAAAUUCAGGUACGAAUGCGAUGAUCAGGAGGAAGAGUGCAUUUGGGUGGUGAAGAGAGAAGGGUUAUAUCUAAGGAAGAUCACAAGGGAUGAUGAUAAAGGCCAAAGGCUUUACGAAGACAAAUUGAAACUGGCUUGGAUUGGUGGUACUAACUACUUCCCGAUUUAUGAGGAUCAAUAAUCAUAACAUUUCCAUAUAAAUAGCAAACAUCUUCUAUUUGUUUUUUUAUUUUACUUUUUCAAACAUCUUUUAUUUAUUUUUCCUCUUUAUGUAUUUUUUUUUUUGAACACAAAUUACUUUCAUUCAGUCUCAACUCUUUCGGUUACAAUGAAAAGAGGGAAUGCACCAUUCUCUUUGAUUCAAAAGAUAAAAUACAAUAACACAAAUAGAUAAACAAGAUAGUUCUUCAUGAGAAGAUGACAGCAAAUUCAAGACGAAACUCGAAUGCGUCGAUAAGGCUUUCACGACAAAGUCAGACAGCUGAGAAAUAGUCACACAAAGAGGUGACGUUAGCACCCAAUCCGCACUUCGGAAUAUCGUCGAAACGAAAUCCGUUGCAUCUUCAGGCCCCGAACGAGUCGCUCCACAAGAUAGCCAAACGGUUAUAGAUAUGGAUGAACACUUCUAUUUAAUGUUUGGAAGGGAAACACUCCUUAACAAGGAGGUAGUGGAUGAAAAGGUUCGCUUCUCCAAGCAGAAGUAUACUAGUGGUGAUGAAGGAGAUCCCGGUGAACCCAUCGGUGACCGAGCAAACAUUAAUCUCUUCUCAUAAGAGAGAUAAGGCAAUCCAGCUUCGGUAAAGAACCCAAAGAACCCAUCAAUAAUCUUUUGGCAAUUAAUCACGGAGACUAAAAACCCCUCACAAAAACGUGGACUGUGAAAUCAGUGGGUUGGGCUUAGAUGUAUACUUAGCAAAUUCGAGAUCAAUACACAAUCAACUCUAAGCAAUGAAAGAGCAUGUUGUUCACACGGGCUUAGAUGAUUACAAUAAAAUACCUGAAAGUUUUUUUUCUUUUUUGCUCAAGCUCCAUAUUUUGGGGCCUUCCAAAGUUUGAAAACAAAGUUUAACAAAAUUUCCAGAGAGUUGCAAUGGAAAAACAAAAAUUCUUGAAACAAGCCAUGUUAUAUAUUAACGGAAGUUUCAUUAAGUUGAAACCAUACCUUUACUAGAGUUUAAACUUAAAAAUGAUAAUGUAGCUUUAGAUUGACACAUGUUUUUUUUUUUGUUAAUUGUUCAUAAGAAAUUUUAAAAUCAAUUGGGUUUUGGCUGAAGUAGUAGAAAAAUACUCCAUCUGUUUCAAAAUACUUGAUGUUUUAAGUGAAUGCACAAGAAUUAAGACAUGCACUUUUUCUUAAAAAGUAACAUUAAAAAUAUAAAGUAAAACUAAUUCAAUCAAUCAUAAAAACAUCAUUGGUAACACAAUUUUCUAUAAAACUAAAACUAAUAUAAAAAUAUCAAAACAUCAAGUAAUUUGAAACAUUUUAAACUCUCCAAAACAUCAUUUAUUUUGAAACAGAGAUGUUAUACUCGAAAAUGAUUUGCGAUAUUAUCAGAUGAAAGCCAAUAUAAAAAAAAAAAAUUGUAAUGCUUUCAAAAUUAGUAAACAAGUUUUUUUUUAAGCAAAAAAAAACAAGUCUUUUGAACAUACAAAAGCUAACGCACUAGCCACCAC